UCUUAACUCGGAACCGAACUAUUCGAGCAUUGCUGCUCCGAGUGGAAGGUGUUCAUUUGUUAUUCAUUGUGUUUUGGUAUUUUCUUCUGUGCAAAGAAUCCUUGGCGCAAACCAUGCAGCAACUGGUUUCUGCAUUGGCCUUGGUUGGCCUGACUUUAGUGACGGCAUUGCCGCAAGAAAAAGGUAGUCUCGCCGAUCUCAUCGAUCAGGCGUUCCCCCAAAAUACUACGACCCCUCAGGGGGUACCCGCGAUAGGCGGCGAUGUCGAUAGCAUCAUCAAAGACAUCUUCAGCAACGUCACCACCACUACUGCUUCCUCAAAUGUCAUCCUCGGCAUCACGAAUCAAACACCGAAACCUGACGACUGCGAAUGUGUGCCUUAUUAUCAGUGCAAAGAAGGCAAGAUCUUGGAUAAUGGUAUCGGCAUCAUCGAUAUCAGGUCCGAUUUUGGUGAUAAGGAUGAGAAGCCUUCGGGCACGCCUCUUUACUAUUCUCGCCGCAUGAGACUAUCUUUGGACAAUGAAAUUCCUCUGGAUAAUGUAUAUCGUUUUCAUUCUAAACACAAUUUUACCUGAUGUGUAGGGUAAGACUACCCAAAAAUGCGCACUUUUUCUUUG